GGGGUGCAGCGUCCACGCGCCGAGGCAUAGUCAAGGCGGCACACCACCCACGCUGUUGCUCCUCUGGCGAGGCGACCGAACAAAAAGGUCGAAACCAAAAUGUGAAGGAACCGCGCUGAACCGUUGGAGCAGGAAACGAGGAUACAGGGCGAGAAAUGAAACAGGCCUCGUCUUCUCGGGGCUGCGGGUGCAGCACACCGAAUUCUCGAUUUUCCGAGCUGCGGCAGUCUGCGCGCAGUGCAGUCGUCGACGGCCGAGCUCGGCCAACACUUGUUGGCCACGGCCUCGCCCGAAGGCAACUCAACGGCAGGGAGAAAACCUUGUCGGCUUCCUAAGAGCA